AUGGUCGCAGGUUCUUCUAGCAUUGUUCCCCCAGGCGGGCGCAUCCUAAUCACUGGCGUCAAUGGCUUCCUUGCCUCUCAUCUAGCCCUCGUCCUUUUAAAGCGGGGCUAUGGUGUUCGAGGCACCGUCCGUUCCGCCGACAAGGCCGACUGGAUCAAGGCCGCCAUAUCCCAGCGGGAGCUUGGUGACCGGUUCGAGGUGGAGGUUGUGCCUGAUCUCAGCGUUGCAGGUGCACUAGAUGAUUUGGUUCAGGACGUUGACGGCAUCGCCCACGUAGCUGCCGAUACGACAUUUGGUUGCGACCCGAAUAAGAUCAUCACGCCCCUAGUCGAGGCAAUGCGCAACAUAUUGACCAGUGCUAGCAAGGCCCAAAGCAUACAGCGUUUUGUGUUGACCAGCAGCGCCAUGUCGGCCAUCUCGCCGCAGCCAGGCAAGAAAAUCUUUGUCGACAGUAAUACCUGGAACGACGCCAGUCUGGAACCCGCCUGGGCUCCUCCACCUUACGAGCCGGAGAGGGCGUGGGAUGUGUACGCCGCGCUCAAGAUGACUUGCGAACGCGAAUUCUGGCGCUUCGGACAAGAGCAGGGAGUCAGUUUUGUCCGCAAUUCGGUGCUGCCGGAUUUCAUUAUCGGUCCUCUUCUUUAUGCCAAGCAGACCGGCAGCAGCAACCGCUUGGUCAAAGAAUUUUUCGACGAUCCCAAUGUCUCCGAGCCAUUGCGGACGUUUAUCCCUCGUCAAUAUGUCGAUGUCAAAGAUGUUGCGUUGUUGCACAUGGCUGCCCUCACUGAAGAGGAUGUAAAGAAUGAGCGGCUGUUGGCUCAUGCCGGGCCGUUCAACUUCAAUAGCUGGCUAAGCGCAUUCCGCCAAAUCGACCCAAGUAAGGCCUGGCCGGCGGAUGACCCUAAUCAACAGCACGACUGCAGCAUAAUCGAUACGCGCAGGUCCGAAGAGAUACUCAAGCGGUAUGGCCAGAUUGGAUUCACCCCAUUUUUGGACAGUGUGCGGAGCAAUUGCCUUGACAGUCACCCAGAGUGGAAGCGAUCCUAG